CAGUUUUAGUGCUAUUGCUCAGCAAGAAACGGGAAUUUACGGUGCUUCAGCAAUUCCGUCAUUUACAUCGAUGUGACGGAAGAUUGUUUUUUACAUAACUGACACAUGCACAGUUUAAGAGGGUGAGAAUUUCAGGCAUAGGCCUACAAACUGAAAGCAUACAAAGAUGCUAAAAAAAAAAACAUGAUUGUUCUCACACAAAUACCUCACAAGUAUUACAUUAUAUCUUUCAGUAAUUCUUUACUCAAACGUCCUAAAUGUUCUGUCAUGUUGUUUUCAACAGCGGAUCUACAGCUCCCUCUCUUGAGAGGAGCAUGCACAACUUAAAUUCAGUCCAGAUACAUGAAAAGCGUUAUCUCUCCCACCAUAUAACCGACUUGCAUAGUGUCAUUUGGUCAAAUGUGAGCAAGCUUUAACACAAACAAGAGUAGGGGAUCAGCAAUUAGUUUAAGGAAAAAGCAUGAUGCAUUCAAGAUUAAAAUUAAUUUGAACAGAUAUAGUGGCAAGCAUAUACAGUGCAUCUUCCUACACAAGUGGACAGUUCUAGAAGCGUUCCUGACCCUGACGGUGUGGAUGCAAAGGAUGCUGGGAUGCAAGGGAUCAUCUGGGACGGGGGUGAGAUACAAGCUAACUCUGGCUACAGGACUGCUGGAGUGCUUGUGUUUUGCUGGAGUGGUGUUUGGUUGGGCAUCUCUAGUGUUUGUCCUGAAGACAGAUGGCUACUUCAGCGAUUUGUGCAUCAAUGCGACAGACGCUAGUGGAGAACUUGGCACAGACUGCAGUCUGCAAGAUGAGAGGUUCUCAUUGGUUUUUACCGUGGCUUCCUUCAUGAACAACUUUCUCACUCUGCCCAACGGAUUCUUGUAUGACCAUUUUGGCACGAUGGCAACACGAUUUUUGGCUAUAUUUCUUUAUACCACCGGAACUCUUAUUGUAUCAUUGUCCAGUAAAGCUCUCUCGUUUUUGCUUUUUCCUGCUCUGUCCUUUAUAGCUGUGGGGGGUAUUUUAUUUCUAAUGACAAAUAUGCAGGUGGGGAACCUUUUUGACUCUCAUAGAUCAACAAUUAUUACAGUCUAUAAUGGGGCCUUCGACUCUUCAUCAGUUAUCUUUCUUAUCAUCAAGGUUCUCUAUGAGAGAGGGGUUUCUCUUCGCUCCUCAUUUUUUUUCCUCUUAGCCUGUAAUCUCAUUCAUCUCCUCCGGACUCUCUUCCUUAUGCCAAAGUCACACAUUCCCUAUCCCAUCCCAGACGACUACAAAUAUGGGAUGAGCUGUGCUAAAUCACAUAGCUACAAUGUUGAACAGUACGAGGCAGAGCGAGACCCGAGUUCAGACAGAGGCAGAAGUGCAGCUGCUGAGCCACUGGAGACUGACACACUACAGCUAACAGAAAACUCUGAGAAAGACAGUUUUAAGAGCUGUGUUCUGUCCUGGUUCUUCCUGUGGCACCUCAUAUGGCUGUCGGCCAUGCAACUGCGGCAUUAUUUCUUCAUUGGGACUCUGAAUCCAAUGCUCAACAGACUGGCCAACCAUGACCCAGACACUGUGAGUGAGUACACCAAUGCGUUUGCUUUCACCCAAUUCUGUGGAGUUCUCUGUGCUCCCUGGAAUGGCCUGCUAAUGGACAGACACAAAAGAAAACCCCUAGAUCCAGGCGUGUCAGAACGGGAAGCAGACCUACGCUCGUCAGUUCUGUCUCUCCUCCUCACCUCCCUGCAGUGCCUGUUGUUCUCCAUCUGUGCAAGCAUCCCGUUCCUCCCUCUCCAGUACUUCACAUUCAUCCUUCAGGUCCUUAACCGCUCCUUUCUGUACGGAGGGAAUGCUGCAUUCAUCAGCAUAGCAUUUCCUGCACGACAUUUCGGAAAGCUGUAUGGUCUAGUGAUGUCCCUAUCAGCUGUGGUGUCACUGCUGCAGUAUCCCUGCUUCGCCCUCAACAAAGUUCUUGGAGGAGACCCCCUCUAUGUGAACAUCAUCUUGACUGUCCUGACUCUACUGGCCUUCAUUCAUCCUGUCUAUGUGUUUGUUCACUGCAGAGAGCUGGCAAAACAGCGAGAGAAUUCACAGAGCAUUUUAGAAGCAUCAAUGGAGGAAACAAAAAUGUAUUAAUUUAAAUCACCUCAUAUA